AACAAAAUGGCAGCGCCCACAAAAAUCUCUAGUGUUUUCAGAAAUGGUUUAUUUAAUGGGAAAGUGGCUAUUGUUACUGGUGGAGGGACGGGUAUUGGAAAAGCAAUCACACAAGAAUUGUUGUACUUGGGAUGUAAUGUAAUGGUAGCUUCAAGGAAUGAAGAAAGACUGAGAAAGGCAACAGAUGAGAUGAAAAAGAAUAUCACUUCACCUGCAGAGCUAGAUCACAUGCAGUGUAAUAUCAGGAAGGAAGAACAAGUACAAAAUCUGAUAUCAACAACAUUAAAACGGUUUGGCAAGUUAGACUUUUUAAUCAACAAUGGUGGAGGCCAGUUUCCAGCCCGUGCUGAGUCAUUUUCAUUGAAAGGAUGGAAUGCUGUAAUAGAAACCAAUUUAACUGGAACAUUUCUAUGCUGUAGAGAAGUCUACAAUCAAUGGAUGAAUGACAAUGGGGGAGUUAUUGUAAACAUUAUUGCUGACAUGUGGAAAGGACUUCCCAUGAUGAGUCACACAGGAGCAGCACGGGCAGCUGUGGACAAUCUGACAAAAUCUUUGGCAUUAGAAUGGGCAGAAAGUGGAGUGAGAAUUAAUUCUGUGGCUCCUGGAAGUUCCAUAUACUCUGAAACAGCAGCAGCAAAUUAUGGUGACCCAAAAAUAUUUGCAUACAAUAUACCCAAAAUUCCACUCAAAAGACUAGGAACUGUAGAAGAGAUUUCCACUUCAGUAUGUUUUCUCCUGUCCCCUGCAUCAGCUUAUAUAACUGGUGAAACUAUUAAAGUAGACGGAGGAGGAAGUCUGUAUUCAACUAUGAUUUUUGAUAUACCAGAUCACAAGAAGUCCAAGGCAUAUACCUGGAAAGAUGACGAGAAAUCCAAAUCUAAAUUAUGAGAUACAAAAAAACUGAAGACAAACUAUUCAAAUUUACAAACCCUUUAAGAUAUAUAGGUAUUCAGAAUUUUUUUUUUAUCUCAGGUUGUAUUAGUUAGUAUUACAGAUUUAUUUUUUUUUCAUUAGAGUUACAGAAUUUGGUCAUGAAAAAAAAAAAUUUUUCACCACAUUUCAUACAAUACUGUGGCUUCAUUAUUAUUUGUGGGAUAUAUCAAUUCAUGUACUUGAGGUGUGAAAAGAGAUUUUAUAUCUGCUUUAGUUUCAUGUCUAUCUUGUUGCUUAAUUGUAAAGGCACCAAGAAAAGUAGGUGUUUGGUAUGAGACAGCAAUCUGACCACAAUUACAAAUCAAAAGACAUCACAUAUGGAAUUCAAUAAUAGACAAGUAUCUAUACAAAAUGUCAAGUUAACCUGAAUGAAAAAAAUAAAAUGAAUACAUAACUAAAGACAACCAGUGAUGUGGUUUUUGGCUUGGGGUCGACACAUGAACAUUUGGCAGGUUAUAAUGGUCUUUUUAUGUCUUAAUUCUGCCUUUUAAUCUUGAUGGGUGGAAUUAAUGUAGGCACAUACCUGUAUGCUCAAAAAGGAUGGUUACAUUAUGAAUUAUGAAAUUCUUUGAUUUAUUUAUUCCCUUGUAUAUCACAAACAUAUUUACUAACAGUGGGGACAUAAGGAGACUUUUUCAUAUUGUUUAUAAAUAUGUGUACGAGUAUUGAUGUUAUAUAUUUAUGAUUGACUGUGAUUAAACUAAUUUUGUACAUAGUUAUCUUUUAUACAAAUGAUAAUAAAAAACAUUAGUACUUA